AUGUCUUCCAAUAAUGACCCUGUUGUAAUCCCAAUGAUAGAAAGAAUUUCCAGUGACCUUCCUGUAAUGGACACCAGGGACCCUGAGACAUUGACUGGAGAGGCUGUGUUAAGUUUUCAUAAUAUCAGCUAUGGAGAAACAGUGCAGAGUGGCUUUCCAUUUUGUAAAGAAACUUGUGUGAUAGAAAGACUAUCAAAUAUCAGCGGGAUCAUGAAACCUGGCCUCAAUGCCAUCAUGGGACCUCAGGACGGGAGCAGAUCUUUGUUACUAGAUGUCUUAGCUGCAAGGAAAGAUCCACGUGGAUUAACAGGCGAUAUAUUGAUAAAUGGAAAACCUCGACCUGCUAAUUUUAAAUGUACUUCUGGUUAUGUCCCACAAAAUGACAUGGUGAUGCACACAGUGAGUGUGAGAGAAAAUGUAGAGUUCUCAGCAGCUCUUCGACUUCCAACGUCUAUAACAAGAGAUGAAAAAAGAAGUCGAAUUAAUGAGGUCCUUGGACUUCUGCAUCUGGAUGAGGAGUCAAAUGUCAAGCCUAGAUCUAAGGAGCUCAGGAAGAGGACCAGUAUAGCAAUGGAGCUGGUCAUUGAGCAUCCCAUUUUGUUCCUGGAUGAUCCCACCACUGAUUUAGACUUGGGAACAACUACUGAUGUCAUCUCAGUCCUGAAAAAGAUGUCUAUGAGGGGACGGACAAUCAUCUUCUCCAUUAAUCAGCCCCCGUACUUCAUCUUCAGAUGUUUUGAUAGCCUCACCUUAUUGGCUUUGGGAAAAGUCAUGUUUCAUGGCCCUGCACAGGAGGCCUUGGAGUACUUCACAUCUGCAGGUUACAAUUAUGAUUCCCACCUCAACCCUGUAGACUUCUUCUUGGACAUCAUUAAUGGAGGUUUCUCUGCUAUUUUAGACACAGAAGAAGGUGGCCAGAAAGCCGACAAAUACAAAGAGAUUUCUGAGAGACAGCACCAAGUCACAGAAAAAUUAGCCCAUAUGUAUGCCCAGUCAUUCUUAUAUAGAGUAAUGAGAAUUGAACUGGAUCUACUCUUGGGAGAACAGAAGGCCAAGAGGAGCUCAGCCUUGGAGGAGAUCACGUGUGUCACCCCUUUCUGGCAUCAGCUCUGGUGGAUUACCUCUCGUUCAUUCACAAACUUCCAGUGUUUUUCAUGGGUCAUUAUGAUUCAGGUAAUCUGAUGAGUUAUUUUAAUUGUAUUGCGAAAAACUCAA